CUGCCCACUCAGCAACCCACAGAUCCGGAGUACCCUUACCCCACACAGCCGUGAUGGAGCCCCUGGACAAAGACUGGCAGCACGUUUCCCCAGGUGCAGUAACUUUUCAUUGUGGGUGGGCUGCACUACUGACUAUGUUUUGUGGGUGGGUUGCUGGACUAACCAAGGCACUGACCGACAGGAGGCCAGAUACCUUGUUAGUCUUUUUGGGAAAGGGGAGAAAUGUGGCGGAACCAGCCUCGCCACUGGGCAUUGGAGAAGACUGAUUGCCAGCCUCCUGCCCUGUGACUAUGGCCCCAUGUUGAAAUGCUUGAUUUUCCCCUGCAAAGACCCGAAAGCCGGGUCAUUCGGUAGUCUUCCAUCUCGUUCCCUAGGGGAGUGUCCACCAGGUGGGAGACCUGCAUAAAAGCCAGGCAGAUAGCCCCAGUAAAUCAGAUUCUGCUUUACCCACAAAACGAAGUGUUGUCUCGUUAUUGGGGUAAUUGGAUUGUAUGCUGUUACAGUGCGACUGCCAGGAGUUUAAGCUGUUCGCAUGUUUUUUCCUGUUCGGUUGUUUCCAGCAUACAUAUGGUUCCCGUUCAGGAGUUGGUGAAUUUGUGUGUUUCCGGUUCGGGAGUUGGUGAAUUUGUUUGUUUCCUGUUUGGGAGUUUGAGUAUUCAUGUGUUUGCAAUUCGGGAGAUUGGUGCUUGCAGCAGCUGUUCGUGUAUUUAAAAAGGGAAUGUAGCGUAAACGGUUUUUAACCUCUUGUGUGCAAAACAGUCCGUUACAGACUCUCCUCCUCCUUUGGCCGUCAUCGGCUGAAUGCGCAUGCACGGAAAGAGCCGCACGCGCAUUCAGCCAGUCCAUAGGAAAGCAUUUCUCAAUGCUUUCCUAUGGACACUGGCGUCUUCUCACUGUGAAAAUCACAGUGGGGAGUGCCUCUAGCGGCUGUCAAUGAGACAUCCACUAGAGGCUGGUUUAACCCAUUUGUAAACAUAGCAGUUUCUCUGAAACUGCUAUGUUUACAGCAGGCAGGGUUAAUCCUAGAUGGACCUGGCACCCAGACCACUUCAUUAAGCUGAAGUGGUCUGGGUGCCUAUAGUGGUCCUUUAACAAAUGGAGAUUUGGUAUCAGAUAUUACUGUAGGUGAAAGUUUAGGAUCCAGUGAUCAUCAGUCAGUGUGGUUAAAUAUAAUAUAAGUCACACCACACACAAACCAAAGUUUUAGACUUUAGAAAAACAGACUAAAAUUAGAAUAUGUGUAAAGGAGUCAUUAUCAGACUGGAGCAAUUUAAAUGGAGUCCAAGAGAAAUGGGAUUAUUUAAAAGUUGCAUUACUGAAGGCAACAGAAAAUUGCAUUAGGCUAGUCAUUAAAAGCAGAUGUGGCCAAAAUAGUAAAAAACAAAAAGUUAGCAUUUAGUAAUUAUAAAAAAAAAAAAAAAGUGAGGACGAUCUAUAAGAUUAGGCAGAAAGAGGCUAAGCAAGUUAUAAGAGCUUCCAAAUCACAUGGAGGUAAUGGGACUGUAAUGGGACCAACAGAGGGGAUGGGGGAGGGAGGUAAUAGGACCAACAGAGGGGAUGGGGGAGGGGAAUAAUGGGACCAACAGAGGGGAUGGGGAAUAAUGGGACCAACAUCAGGGGAUGGGGCAAGGAGGUAAUGGGACUAACAGAGGGGAUGGGGCAAGGAGGUAAUGGGACUAACAGAGGGGAUGGGGCAAGGAGGUAAUGGGACUAACAGAGGGGAUAGGGCAGAGAGGUAAUGGGACUAACAGAAGGGAUGUGGGAUAGAGGUAAUGGGACUAAUAGAUGGGAUGGUGGAGGAAGUUAAUGGGACUUACAGAGGGGAUGGGGGACAGAGGUAAUGGGACUAAGAGGAGAUUGGGGAGGGAGGUAAUAAGACUAAGAGGGGAUGGGGCAGGGAGGUAAUGGGACUAACAGAGGGGAUGGGGAGGGAAGUAAUACGACUAAUGGAGGGUCUGGGAGAAGAGAGGUAAUGGGAUUAAUUGAGGGGCUCGGGAAGGGAAUGGGGUACAUGGAUGGGCUGGGGGAAGGAGGAAAUGAUACACAUAAGAGUGGCUGGGGGUGGGGAAUGAGACACAUGAGGGUGAGACACAUGGAGUGGCUAAAAAGGGGGAUCUAACACCUGACGGGUGUGGGGUCCAGGGCAAUCUUCACACCGUGGCCCUGAGGUUUCUGGUUACGCCUCUGUCCUAAGGCCUCUCUUCUAGACGUAAUUUAAGGUCACGUGGUUAACCCUAUUGCGCCUGUAACAUCACAGAGAAUCUGUGGAGGGACUGCAGUCUCCAACGUGCACUUCGAAAUUUAAAGAUUUUAAUAUUAUGUUUAUCUCAAUAUUAACAAUAUAUAUAUUAUAUAUAGUAAAAUUUAAUCUAGAACUCCACUCCUCUUGCCCUGUCUGCAACUGUGCCCCUCCAUCUUCGUUCCCCAUCAAUCAUUUUUAUAAACUCCUUUGUACCGGCUAACCCUAGGUCUCCUAACCCCAAUGGUCAGUCUAAGAGUAACCCUAAAACAAACAGUCUCCUCCUGUUUCUUUACCAAUUUCCUUGGAAAGUGCCUGGUCACUGGUGGUCUGCGAUUUAUUUUUUUAGAAAAUUCCCCCCUCUCACACUCUCUCAUGCAUUUUAAAUUAAAGUUUUCUUUAUCCAUUAGAGUAUUGUCUCCCUGCUCUGUUACAUAUAGAAAGCAUUUCCUUCUCUACUAUAAUUUGGAGUCCUCAUUCCCCUACAUUGUCCAUUGUAUGACUGUCUCUCGUAAUAUUUAGAAAUGAGUCCAGUUAUUCUCCUAGACUGCCUGGUUUGUCUUACUCAUGAAUUAGAAAGCAGCCCUCUCUUUUUCCUGAUUGCCCUGUCUGUCUCUCUCAUGUGAUUUAGAAAGCAGCCCUCUCUUUCUCCUAGAUUGCCCUGUCUGUCUCUCUCAUGUGAUUUAGAAAGCAGCCCUCUCUUUCUCCUAGACUGCCCGGUCUGUCUCUCUCAUGUGAUUUAGAAAGCAGCCCUCUCUUUCUCUCAGAUUGCCCUAUCUGUCUCUCUCGUGUGAUUUAGAAAGCAGCCCUCUCUUUCUCCUAGACUGCCCUGUCUGUCUCCUUCAUGUGAUUUAGAAAGCAGCCCUCUCUUUCUCCUAGAUUGCCCUGUCUGUCUCUCUCGUGUGAUUUAGAAAGCAGCCCUCUCUUUCUCCUAGAUUGCCCUAUCUGUCUCUCUCGUGUGAUUUAGAAAGCAGCCCUCUCUUUCUCUCAGAUUGCCCUAUCUGUCUCCCUCAUGUGAUUUAGAAAGCAGCCCUCUCUUUCUCCUAGAUUGCCCUAUCUGUCUCUCUCGUGUGAUUUAGAAAGCAGCCCUCUCUUUCUCCUAGACUGCCCUGUCUGUCUCUCUCAUGUGAUUUAGAAAGCAGCCCUCUCUUUCUCCUAGACUGCCCGGUCUGUCUCUCUCAUGUGAUUUAGAAAGCAGCCCUCUCUUUCUCUCAGAUUGCCCUAUCUGUCUCUCUCGUGUGAUUUAGAAAGCAGCCCUCUCUUUCUCCUAGACUGCCCUGUCUGUCUCUCUCAUGUGAUUUAGAAAGCAGCCCUCUCUUUCUCCUAGACUGCCUUGUCUGUCUCUCUCAUGUGAUUUAGAAAGCAGCCCUCUCUUUCUCCUAGAUUGCCCUGUCUGUCUCUCUCAUAUGAUUUAGAAAUGAACCCUCUCUUUCUCCUAGAUUACCCUGUCUGUCUCUCUCAUGUGAUUUAGAAAGCAGCCCUCUCUUUCUCCUAGACUGCCUGGUCCAUCUCUCUCAUAUGAUUUAGAAAUGAGCCCUCUAUUUCUCCUAGAUUGCCCUGUCUGUCUCUUUCUGUGAUUUAGAAGGGAGCCCUCUCUUUCCACUGGAAUGUCCAGUCUCCCCCUGUCUCUCAGCAGUUGGUGUGUUUGUUGCCUGCGGUGAGGGGGGAAGGAAUUUCUCCCCCUUUGCUGUCCAUACGUCACAGAUGAUGUGUCCUGUUUCUCCUCCUGCCAGUUUACAGCUCUCACUCAUCCUCUCUUUCUGCUCAUUUAUUUCCUCCAUCCUGCAGUCUCCUCUGUGUAGUCUCCCCUCCCACCAUCUCUCCCUCACAUCCUCCCCUACUCCCUCCUCUCUGCAGUGCUCAGAACAGCAGAGCAAUGAACCCAUUACUGGCUCCUAAUCUGCUUCUCCUUUCCUCAGACCCCCCUCUUCAAUCAGGGGACAGUCCCCCAUCACCAUCCCAGUCCUCACUGCUCCACGGGGCCCCAUAUGCUCAGAGUGGUGGGGGGGCUUCGGCUCUACGAAAUGACUUUGGAUCCAAUAUCAGUGUCUUGAAGACCCUCAAUCUACGAUUUCGUUGUUUCUUGGCCAAGGUGCAUGAACUAGAACGGAGGAACCGUUCGUUGGAGAGAGCGCUAGAGAGAGCGCAAGGGGCGGGACCAAUAACCAGGGACCAGGCCGUCCAGACUGGCUUCGUAGGGCCAAUCCUACCCCCACCUUUGUUGGGGCUCACCAAGCCCUCCUCUACACCACCCCAACAGUCUUGGGUAUACGGGCCCCGCAGGCUGGUGACAAGACCCGAUGUCGGUUCCAUUGGCGUAGGAGGUGGAGCCUAUUGGGGUCAUGCUGAUGGAGUAGGAGUUCAGAUUGAUACCAUCACACCUGAAAUUCGGGCACUUUAUAACGUACUGGGAAAAGUGAAGAGAGAGCGUGAUGCGUACAAGCAGAGGUGAGAUUUUUGGUGCAGAUUCUCUGCAAACUUGAGGUCAUAUGUUCAAAUGCAGUAAUGCCAUAGCUCUGUGUACACGCACAUUGACCCGGUACAGGCAGGAAUUAUAUAGAUAUGUACACAUGCUAUAUAUUAUUAAGCUUAAUGUGCACAUUCAUUGCCACAAGUACACUAUAUAAUAAAGCUCUGUAUACACAGAGUGACAUAAUACGGACAUCUUGUAGUUAUUAUCAUCAUUAUUGGCAUUUAUAGAGCGCCAACAAAUUACGUAGUGCUUUAUAAUAUUAUAGAAGGGGAAGAUAUCCUAACUGUAUAUGUACCUGUAUAUACCGUGAUACUCUGUGGACACACAGAUCUCAUACAUGUAUAUAUUGUGAUGCUCUGUGUAUACACGCCAAUAUAAUGCAUGUAUAUAUUGCAAAUAUCUAUGGAAAAAGACUCUGACACCUAACAUGCAGUUUAUAUCAAUGUGGCCAUGCGUGCCUGUAUAUGUAGUUUAUAUAAAGUACAAGUAAGAAUUUUAAGAACAAGCAGAUUUGUUGUAAAACAGAUUUAUUUUAUAAGUGAUGAGCUAUUUUAGUCCAGUGAUACAAUAAUGGAGUAUAGAUUUAGCUAUGUAAUUCUUUUCUACAGUAAAUGGAGCAGUGAGAUUUCAGGAAGUGAUUCCGUUAUAAUGUUUAAAGCUUGACCAACGAAGUAACUCCCUAAAACUCAUUGUUACCCAAUAACAAGUUAUCACGACAGUCUGUAUGUUAUCAUACAUUCUGAAUCCCCAAUAAUUCUCACUUUAGUAACUAACCGUGAGAGAGAGCUAGUCCCAUAACACGUUAUCACAGAGAGAGCUAGUCCCAUAACACGUUAUCACAGAGAGAGCUAGUCCCAUAACACGUUAUCACAGAGAGAGCUAGUCCCAUAUGUUUUUGCAGAGAGUGCUAAUCCCAUAUGUUAUUUAAAAAUAAUAUCAGGAAGUAUUACUUUACUGAGAGGGUAGUGGAUGCAUGGAAUAGCCUUCCAGCUGAAGUGGUAGAGGUUAACACAGUGAAGAAGUUCGAACAUGCGUGGGAUAGGCAUAAGGCUAUCCUAGCUAUAAGAUAAGGCCAGGGACUAAUGAAAGUAUUAGAAAAUUGGGCAGACUAGAUGGGACAAAUGGUUAUCUGCCGUCACAUUCUAUAACAAGUUAUCACAGAGAGAGCUAGUCCCAUAUGUUAUCACAGAGAGAGCUAGUCCCAUAUGUUAUCACAGAGAGAGCUAGUCCCAUAACACAUUAUCACAGAGAGAGCUAGUCCCAUAUGUUAUUACAGAGAGAGCUAGUCCCAUAUGUUAUUACAGAGAGAGCUAGUCCCAUAUGUUAUUACAGAGAGAGCUAGUCCCAUAUGAUAUUACAGAGAGAGCUAGUCCCAUAUGAUAUUACAGAGAGAGCUAGUCCCAUAUGUUAUUGCAGAGAGAGCUAGUCCCAUAUGAUAUUACAGAGAGAGCUAGUCCCAUAUGUUAUCACAGAGAGAGCUAGUCCCAUAUGUUAUUACAGAGAGAGCUAGUCCCAUAUGAUAUUACAGAGAGAGCUAGUCCCAUAUGAUAUUACAGAGAGAGCUAGUCCCAUAUGUUAUUGCAGAGAGUGCUAGUCCCAUAACACAUUAUCACAGAGAGUGCUAGUCCCAUAACACAUUAUCACAGAGAGACCUAGUCCCAUAGAGAGAGCUAGUCCAAUAACAAAUUAUCACAUAGACUGCCAGCCCAAUAACAAGUCCAGGAGAUUGAGAGACAUUGAAAAGAGACAGUGAUGCUCCACUAUAUGUAUUUUAAUUACUUGAAAAUACAUAACACCUGUUACAAUGAAUAAAACAAAAAUAAACUAAAAGGACUUUGAAAACCGUGCUAAGCAACUACUUGGGGAAGAAGGAUAGAGAAGAACCGUUUACGGAAGGAUUGGAGCUGCUCAGCCUUCCACGUUCAUUCUAUAUAUAUUGUAUGGAUGCAGAACUGAUAAAUGAUAAGCACAGGUGUGCUGUUAUAGUAGCGGGCUGGUGUAAACGUUCUAAUCUAUUGGCAGGGAAAGUUCUGGAAUUCUUAGAAUGUAUGGGGGAGACCAUUCUAACAUUAUAACAUGUAAAACUUUGUAGAAGAUUUCGAACCAAAUGCAUGGGCAAAUUUUAUAAUAAAUGGAAGGAGACUGGUGGUAGUUCUGUUACUUUUAUUCGGAGAUGCUUUGUUACGGUUACAAUGAAUGGAAGGAUUGCUUUAAAUAAAAAAAAAAAUUUUUUUUUUUUAAAUAAGCUUGAUGUGAUGACUUAUUGCACAGCACUACAGAAUAUGACGGAGCUUUAUAAAUACUAAUAAUAAAUAAUGACCAAUUGCUAGAGCCGGUUUUCCUCUCUGAGAGGAGUCAGGUAACCGUUCCACCAGAGGCCCAACCUGGAGGCUGCAGCUGAGACCAUUUGUAUUGUUUUGAUUAAAGUGUUUAAAGGUAGCAUCACUGAGAAAGGAGCUACAUUUAAAUCUCCCGCUCAGGCACACACAGCCUUAAGGCUCUAUAUGGAUUAUUACCAUAUAUCCAUCUCCAUAAGGCUGGGAGACUGCACAGUGCUGGAAACCUGUAAGUCCCUAGGUAGAAUUCCUUGUUUGCCCACUGGGUGUCAUGCAUUCAUUUUAUAAACCAUUUGUAAAAACAACCUAAUUUUAAACAAGUAAAAAUGUAAAAAAAAAAAAGUCUUUCAUUGGAGGUGUUCCUUUUUUAUUUCACAUUACUGUCCCCCUUGAUUUUCUUUAAAAAAAAAUAAUAAUAAUAAUUUUCAUCCUUGCUGAAGCCCAAUUCUCUACCAGUUAAGUGAUAAACCCCGAUAUCUUUUGACCAGUCAGAUCUUUCUUGUAGAAGCACAACAAGGACAUGCGGUGCAUAUGCAGCGGUCUCAUAGAGCAGCACUGGAUGCACACGUUGACACCAGACGUCAUAUAGCCUAUAGACUGUAAGCUUGUUUGUGCAGGGUCCUCUUCAACUUAUUGUUCCUGUACGUUUUUUGUAAUUGUGCUAUUUAUAGAUAAAUCCCCCCUCUUAUAAUAUUGUAAAGCGCUAUGGAAUCUGUUGGCGCUUUAUAAAUGGAAAUAAUAACAUAGAACCAAUUAUGGAGUAUUAAAAGUAUCUAAGUAGUGAUUUUGGUGCUUAGAUACUUUAAUACUCCUGUAGGUAUUGUAACCAUAAUCACAGAACCAACAUUCACAAAAACAUCAAAUGACUUCUCUAAAACAGCCACACCUAUCACUUCUAGUCAUUUAGAGAUAUUAUCCAUUCUCAGCGACUUCUCUCUGAAAAACACCAGGGAACCAAAAAAACAAAACAAACACAUUUUUUUUUCUCUCUCUCUCAGCACUUCCACUCAAACAAAGUUACAGUACCCUUCUGUUACACACAUCAAAGUAAAAAAGUAAUUAUUUUUGUUACGAGUCUGGUGGUUCUAAUUCUUUAGUAACUUAAUUCAAUUUUAUGAGUUGAAUACAUUUGGGUUAGUUUUUCUUUUUGUUUGUUUGUUUGUGUCACUACUGCAUUUCAAGCACAUUUUUAUUUUAUUGAAGGUGAUGUUAAUGGAAUGAACUUGGGUUCUUCUUAUCAUACUGUCCUUUUUAGACCCAGGAUUGGUUAGUGGGACUAUUUUUUCCCAUGCACCUUCUUUGUGGCUGGGGGAAGGCAUUGGGGAACACAGUUGCUUUUUUUAGCAUGUAAUGUUUGCCCAAAUAUAUACAGUUUUAUAACGCUAGUGCGGCUCAUGCUUGAAAAAGGUCCAAUAUUGGCAGUGGCACUGAACAAGCACAUUUCAUUGGCGCAAUAUGAAUACAAUUCAAUAGAAGAUAUUUGGGAGAUCCAGAUUUUAGGCUGGACAUGGGUUCGUGUGUGAGUACAUACACAUUUAGCUUCAAGUUUGUUUUUGUUUUUUUAUAAUUAAUUUCCUCAAUAAAAAGGUUAAACUAUUUAAAGGGACACUAUAACAAGUUCAUCUCAUUGAAUUGGGCUCAUUAGCCAUUGGCGAGUGAAAACGUUGCCCUGUCGAGUAGAAAUUUGCCCUUGGUGAGUAUGUCAUGUGUCAUGAAUUCUCCAUGUUAGCAGUGGUGAGUAACUCAAGGCCUGAUUAUUAGCGUUAGAGGUGAAAUUUUAAGCCAUGGUUAUAGGGCCUGGAGUCGUCUGGUACUGCCCCCCAUCCAGCAUUUAAACUAUUUGGAUACCAGUUUAGCACUAAAUAAGGGUCUAUGGCCACCCACAGCCUGGCACACAUUUCCUUCUUACCAUACCAAUUCAUAUCAGCAAUGGGCUCUGUGAUAGGCUGGUAUGAUUGGUUGACACUCUCAGCCAAUCACAGCUGCCCUUUGCUGCUCAGCCUAGUGUCCCUCAUUAUAGUGAGAAGCACAGAGAGGAUAAUGAGGAAGCACAAAAGGUUAAACGCUGAAUGGAUGGACAGCGCCAGAGAACUCCAGACCCUAAUUGAAUGAGAUAAAGCAGUUACAGUGGUUACAGUGUCUCUAACAUUUUUUUUGUCUUUAAUGAAUAGCAGCAGAUAAACUGAGCUCAGAUAGUUAGUAAAACCCCAGCCAGAUUUCUCACCUGCAGCUCUAUGUCACCACUAGACUCUGUAGGGGAGCCCUGGCCUAAUUAUAAUAGAGGUUAUGUAGAAAAAGCGUUGCGUCAUUUUUGUGUAGGCCCUUUUUUUUUGUGCUUUACUUUUUUGCACCAAAAUAUUAAUUGCGGCACCGCUUGAAUCAUUUUAUUUUCUUGUUUCAAUUCGGUUCUUGUUUUUAGUUCACAAAUGUGUCACUAUUAAUGAAUAAAAGAGGAAGUGGAAAAGUGUGACGCUUUUUUUUUUUCUGCUUCAAAAUAUUUUUUUCCACAACGUCAGAGAAGUGAAUUCCUGUGACAGGUUAGCUGCUUUCACAGUCUUUAUCUUUGUUAAAGAAAUCAAGAAAUCUUUCAAAUUGCAAGUCUAUGGUAAAAUGAUCGGGGCUGGGGGAACAAAAGUCUGAAAGGAAUAAAAAAGUAUCGGAAAGACAAAUUAAUACAUUAAAGAAAAUUCGAGAGAGAAAAAAAAAGUCAAUAAUGUAUGUAUAAUAUGGAAUGACCGUUUUAUACAUAAGAACAUGGUGUAAGUGCACAUAAAGGACGCUAACAUCAUAGUGAACGUGAGAAUUUUUAUACAUAACCCCCAAUGUACAUGGAGUACACAGCGUUCUCAUGCCCAGCUGACGCCACCAUGUCUUCUAUAGCUCAAUCAGUCUCAACAAGCCCGAUGUACUCUGCUCCUUAUGUUAUUGUCUAUGGUCUAUGCCUUUUUUCUUGUGCAUUAUUGAAUUAAGUUCUGUAACUUACUAUAAGACACCACCAUUGUGUAUAUGUGCCCAAAGGCAUUUACUAGCUUCUGGGUUACAUUUUAUGCCUUCUGAAAUUUGGAUUGUGCGGAGGAUUAGCUUCCCACCCUGGACAGCAAAGCCACUUAUGGCCUAGGACUCACCCACGUGUGGCUGUAGCUGUUAGGAACUCACCGGCCUCAUCCAGUUCCUCCAGGUUUGCUUUUAGCUGUACCCACUAUUUAUGUAUACUCUGCUAUAUAAUACGGUAAAAGUAUGAUGUGAUUACACACCUGGUUCUCCUCAUCUUACUAUUCAAUGUCUUUACACACUCUACUAGGUGCAUAGACAAUUGGCAUUUAAUAAAUAAUAAUAAUAAUAAAAAAAGUAUUUAACCAGGAAAGGUACAUUGAAAUUACUAUUGUUUCCAAGUACGUCCUGGGGAUGUUACCUUAGCCCAACAUCCAGGGGUUGUUACUAUAUAAGCGAAUAUUCAUCCUUUGUUUCGCACAUUUAGUGUGCUUUUAGCAUGCUUUUUACCCAUACGUCAAUUCCCAGGUCUUGUAACUUCUGUGCCAUUGAAUGUGUGCCCAUACUACAUUUAUAGAUAGAAAAUGUCCAGGCACUCCAUAAGCUUCAAGAACAUUUAUUGGAACAAACAGAGCACUGCAACGUUUUGACCCACACUUGGGUCUUUGCAGGGGCGUACCUGGAGCAUUUGGCACCCGAAACGGAUCUUAUAUUUGGCAUCCCGCCUCCCCCCCCCAUCAUUUUAAAAUGUAAAAAAAACAAAAAACACACAAUUAUUUUUUUUUAAAUGAAUUUAGCAUUGAGCAGUGUUUGCAUUUUAUUUGAUCUAUUUAGCACUGAGCAGUGUUUGUGUGUAGUGUUGGCAUUUGAAUGCAGGCGUGCAUUUUUGUGUAGUGUGUUUUUUUAAUAUUUGGUGUGUUUUUACGUAGUGUUCAUAUUUGGAUGCAGAUGUGUAUUUGUGUGUAGUGUUGGCGAAAUGCUGAGAUUUAUGCACAUAUACACAAAUACACACGCACACUGGCACACAUGCAGAUACAUAGACACACAGAUGGACACACUGGCACAAACAGAUACACAGACACACAGGUAUACACAUGCAGAUACAUAGAAACACAGUCAUGCACAGAUACAGACAAAACCCAGAUAGAUACAAACACACACACUUACACACAUGUACAGAGACACAUAGGCACAGACACACAUACAGAUACAAUGACACACAGAUACAAACACAGACACACAGGCACAGAUACAUAACACAGGUAUAAGUGUGUGUGUUUAUUGUAGGAGUCUCCACAUUAAGCAGCAUGUCCUCUGCUCUCGCAAUCCGCGAGAGCGUUGCAGCAGGUUGCCAUAGCAACGCUCUCGCGGAUCGUGAGAACAGAGGACAUGCUGCUGCUGGAUGUGGAGACUCCUGCAAGCGGCAUGAAAAUGCACCCUGGGCACCCCCCUAGUGAGUGGCACCCGAAGUGGACCUCCCCCUCCGCCCCCACCCCUUAGUACGCCACUGAGUCUUUGUCAAAUAUAGAUUUGCCAUGCCUUUUUCCAGUGCCUUGGCUCCCUCUGUCUCCCCACCUCCCAUGACUGCAGGGCAACCUUUUACAUGCAUUUUCAUAAAUAUGACAAAAUUAUAACUGCCCCUGAAACCAUGGUGGUGACAAAAAAACUGCAAUGUUUAUGUUACAGGGUUGAAAGGACAGGGACACUGUCAAUUUGGGUUUCUCCAGAACCCUGCUCCUUCUAAGAAUAUCUCUACCACCAUCUGAUUAACCCGGAAUAAAUCUUUCUAAACUACAAAGCAUCCUCGACAAAUAGUCCCCUGAUAGCAUUACUGUAAUGCGGGGCAGUGGAUUUGUGGCCUGUUAAUGGGCUGCUUGUCUGAGUGAUGAUUGCACAGCCAGUGGAUCCUGACAUUUUAUAUUGUUUUAUGUUAUUACAGAUGGGAAGAGGAGUACACGGCACGUGUUCAGCUCCAGCAAAGAGUCUCUGAACUGGAUGAGGUAAGCAGUAUAUGUAUAUUUUCUGUAACUGCCUGUCUGUCAUACGGUCUCUGUUAUACAGUCUGUCUCGCUCUAUUCACCGGUCAUACUGUCUGCCUGACUGUCAAUCAUACUGUCUGUUCCUCUGCCUUUAUCAUAACGUGUCUGUCAUACUGCCGGUGUCAUUACCUCUCCAUCAUACGGUCUGUCAGUCACCCUGCCUGUGUCCUUACCUGUCCGUCAUACUGCUUGUAUCAUUAUCUGUCCUUCAUACUGUCGGUCACUCUGCCUGUAGCUAUACCGGUCUGUCAUACUGUGCCAUUAUCUGCCUGCGUCAUUACAUGUCCAUCAUCCUGUCUGUCAAUCUAUCUCACUAAGCCAUCAUAUUGCACAUCAUCCUCUUUCUCACUCAUUGUACAUUACACUGUCUGUUAUUCCGUCUCUUGCUGUACACGUCUGUUUCUGUCUGUCAGUGUCAGAAUAGUUUGCCAUACGUUGUGAUUAAAUUUCCUUUGUUGUAUAGGGUAUUAUAGUAAAUAUCCUAUCUAUAUAUUUUAUAUCUUCAAUACGAUGCAUAGGCAGUAUCUCGUUUAUAUAUGUAAUGAAUCUGUCUUAACAGGAGGCCCAGGAAUCAGCUCUCUAUCAAGAAGAACUGGCUAUGAAGAUCAAACAGCUGAAGGCUGAACUUGUUGUCUUCAAAGGGUUAAUGAGCAAUGUGAGUCCUUUAUGGGAGAGAAAUGGAAUAUGAAAAUACUAUUUAUUAUUCAUUGUGAUACUCUGUAACAAGAAACCGAUACACUCUAUAUAUGUGACCUCUCUCUGCAUGGGAUAGGAUAGGGUUAAAUGCACUUGUGGGACAGGCAGAACAAAGGGAAAGAUGAGAUGAAUAAAGUAGAGACAGAGGGAAUGAAAAGGAAUUGUAGAAGGCAGGGAAAAGAGGAAGCAGGGCGAAAGGGAAGAAGUUAGAAAGGUACAUUUGGGAGGAAGGGAGUGACAAAGUGUGAAAGAAGGAAUGCAGGAGAUAAGAAAGGAGCAUGACGUGGACAGAGGGGGAAAGAACAUUAGAAAGGAGGAAAGAAAGAGGGGGGCAUGGGAUGGAGGAGAAAGGGAAGAAAGGGGAAUGAAAUGGAAAGCAGAUGCUGAUGAAUGUGUAAGAUGAUGACAAUGUCUCUUUCCUUUCUCCACCCCCCCCUCCGUUACGAAGUCUAAUAAUUGUCUCUUUCCAAACCGUUCCUUUGAAUUUCUGCCCCUUGUAUCCUCUCUUGAUGUUGUCUGUCUCUUACUGCCUCUAUCUGCAAUCUCUGGUCCCCGCUCCCUGACGCUCAGUCUCUGGUCCCCGCUCCCUGACGCUCAGUCUCUGGUCCCCGCUCCCUGACGCUCAGUCUCUGGUCAUCGCUCCCUGUCGCUCAGUCUCUGGUCCCCGCUCCCUGUCGCUCAGUCUCUGGUCAUCGCUCCCUGUCGCUCAGUCUCUGGUCAUCGCUCCCUGUCGCUCAGUCUCUGGUCAUCGCUCCCUGUCGCUCAGUCUCUGGUCAUCGCUCCCUGUCGCUCAGUCUCUGGUCAUCGCUCCCUGACGCUCAGUCUCUGGUCAUCGCUCCCUGACGCUCAGUCUCUGGUCCCCGCUCCCUGACGCUCAGUCUCUGGUCCCCGCUCCCUGACGCUCAGUCUCUGGUCCCCGCUCCCUGACGCUCAGUCUCUGGUCCCCGCUCCCUGACGCUCAGUCUCUGGUCUUCAUGUCUUCCAUUGUCUGUCCUUCAUAUCCUCUCAUGCGGUCUUUGUCAUUGAUUUCUCUCUUGCUGUCUCUCUAUUAGAACCUGACUGACCUGGACACCAAGAUCCAGGAGAAGGCAAUGAGAGUGGACAUGGAUAUCUGUCGCCGGAUUGAUAUCACAGCAAAGCUUUGUGAUGUAGCUCAGCAGCGGAGCUGUGAGGACAUGAUCAACAUGUUGCAGGUAAGUGUGAGAUGGAUUGAAUGUAUCAGUGCUUGGAUUGUGGAUGAAUGUGCAUGUAUAGGAGGGUAAAUGUAUGCUAGUAUGGUCAGUGUUGACAGUUUGGAGAAUAAAAUAGAGGUUUCCCAGGAGCUGAUUCACCACAGACUCCAUGCCGAGGGGUUGAUUUGCAUCUUUCCAAGCUUUUUAUAGAAUAGGGAAAACUGCUGCUUAAUAUAUUUAAAUUCUCUAUCACUGUAUGUUAGUGUAUGGGGGGUAACACGCAGGGUUACUUCACACAUAGCAUUCAGUGGCAAGGAGGAGGCUUCAACAUGUAACAAGGGUAUGGGCAGGGUGGCAUACUUACAGGGAGGAUUACAUAGAACAAAAGGCUACAUUUACUACAAAUAUACAAAUGGAACACACGUUACAUAAAUUCAAUAGGGCUGUUAGAUCCCAGAGCCUCCUGGAGACUUGAUAAGUGACCAUUCCUGAAAUUCAUCAAAGAGUAUCACAAUGUCCUGUAUUGAGUGGGAGAGUCUGAUUGUGUUGUAAAUAGAUCCAGUUGCCUCCUGAAACAAUAUGUCGGCUCUCUUGAAUUGAGCUGUCAGAAUUAUUUAAUUUCCUGAGACCUUAUCGUAACUACAAUAACAUGCAUAUCUGUAGAUAUUAAAGGGACACUAUAGGCACCAAAACAACUUUAGUGUAAUGAACACUGGUGGCUGGUGAAGUUUUAUGAUGGUGAGGUGCCAGACUCCUCCCCCAGAAUAUUACUCCUCCCGAUACAGUACAGAGAUACUCAUAGAAUACAGAGAGCUGAGCACAAUGCAGAGAUACUCAUACAAUAAAACAAGCUGGGCACAACAUAAAGAUAUCUAUAAAAUACAUAGAGCUGAGUACAAUACAGAGAUAACCAAACCACAAACAGAAAACAUAGAGAUAUAAUACACAAAACUGGACACAACACAUAGAUACAUAUACAAUACACAGAGCUGGAUAGACUACAGGGAUACCUAUAUAACAGGGAUCUUUUAAAGCAGGGAAUUGAGCUGUGAGACUGCAGGGGCAUGAUCUGACAGUACCAUAUCCACAAGUAUGACAUACCUCCCAACAGUCCCAGGUUCAGCGGUACAGAGCCUUAUUGAUGGUCCUGCUGAUGGUCCUAGGUUUAUGCUCUAGAGUCCCAAUUCCAGAUAGUUUUGAUUGGCAGGUAUGUGGUAUAUCGGUUCGAUAGGCAGGUAUGUGUGUGUGUCUGUACGAUAGGUGGGUAUGCCUGUGUCAGUUCGAUGGGCAGGUUUGUGUGUGUGUGUCAGUUUGAUGGGUAGGUGUGUGUCUGUUCAAUAGGGCAGGUAUGCGUGUGUCUAAUCCAGGGAUGCCCAAAAGGUAGAUCUCCAAAUGUUAUAGUACUACUACUCCCUUGAUGCAGUUUUCAAACAUCUGGCGAUCUAACUUUUUGGCACCCAUGGUCUAAUCCAGUGAUCCCCAAGACAGUCCUAAUAGACCACCAACUACCAGGUUUUGUCAGUAUCUCCAUUUGAAUAAAAAAAAAAAUGGAAAUACAUAAAUCCUGAAUUGUUGGUGGCCCAGGAGGACAGGGUUGGGGACCACUGGUCUAAUCUAUAGGGCAGGUGUAUGUGUGUCUAAUCUCAUGGGCAGGUCUGUGUGUGACUAUGUGUGUGUGAUCUAUAGGGCAGGUCUGAGUGUGUGUGUGUGUGUGUGUCUGAACUAUAGGGCAGGUGUGUGUGCACGUCUGAUCUAUAGGGCAGGUCUGUGUGUGACUAUGUGUGUCAUCUAUAGGGCAGGUCUGUGUGUGAAUGUGUGUGUGUGUGUGUGUGUGUGUGUGUGUGAGUGAUCUAUAGGGCAGGUCUGUGUGUGAGUGUGAUCCAUAGGGCAGGUCUGUUUGUGACUGUGUGUGUGAUAUAUAGGGCAGGUGAGAUGGAUUGAAUGUAUCAGUGCUUGGAUUGUGGAUGAAUGAUUGUGGAUGGAUAUCCUGCAGGUCUGUGUGUGAAUGUGUGUGUGUGAAUGUGAUGUAUAGGGCAGGUCUGUGUGUGAAUGUGUGAGUGUGAUCUAUAGGGCAGGUCUGUGUGUGAUAAAACCAGAGAAUAGGUGCGCACCUAUUCUCUGAUUUAAUUGUAUUUAAGUGUUUUUGGGCUAUUACACAAUAUAGGUGCUGCUGUAUUUAAAAUUUCUUUUUACUAGUGUUUUUCCUAUAUUUGUAAUUUUAAGCCCCAAUUUUUCACUUGUUUGUAUAUGUGUGUUCUAUAGGGCAGGUGUGUGUGUGUUCUAUAGGGCAGGUGUGCAACCAAUUUUGCUGUUGCAGGUAAAUUGUUUAAUGGCACAGGAUGUCUCUAGUCUAGAUAAUCAUUGGCCAUCAUCGCCCUCUAGUGGUGGUACUGCAGAUUGCAGCUGUACAGGAGUAUUCAUUGUCCCGGUGAGAUUUUCCAUGAAGUGAUCAGAAGUGGUAUUUCUCCCAGCACAUUGCUGGAUCUGCUCCUAUUCACAUUGUUGGUUUAUUUUACUGAAUUCCAGGUUCCCCAUGUUAUGAGAGUUCCAUAGGUGAAAGGGGUUCAUAUCUCACUACUGAACACGGACAAAACGCCUCUCAGUCUCCCCGCGCCAUCAUUAUAUUGAAUGUCUCCUUGGAUCAUCCAAACCCUCUCCCUCUUUUUGUGCGUUAAAACCAAUAGAGCUUUUUUGGAAUGACGAUGUAGCAAUCUGUGUUUCCAAAGCGCAUUGAUAUAAAGAAAAGGCUACAUGAUGUUUUCAGGAUUUAUAUAGAAGAGAUGUAGGACGACGAUCUUUUUAGAGUUACUUGUCGUGUCUCGAGGAAAGAUUUGUAGUUUUGCUUCCUCAUCGAUGGAGCAGAAUGUAGACAAGAGCUAAACGGUUAAUUUCCCUAUCAUAUACCCAGUGAAAAGAUUAUUCACUAACAUAAGAAUUCAAAGCUAAUCUCAAAUUCAAGGUGAAAAUAGCUGAACUGAAAAAAUUCUCUAAGUCAAUUAUGGUUCUGGUUUGGCUGCUCUGACCUUAAAGGACCACUAUAGGCACCCAGACCACUUCAUCUUAAUGAAGUGGUCUGGGUGCCAGGUCCAGCUAAGUUUAACCCUUUUUUCUAUAAACAUAGCAGUUUCAGAGAAGCUGCUAUGUUUAUAAAUGGGUUAAUCCAGCCUCUAGUGGCUGUCUCAUUGACAGCCGUUAGAGGCGCAUUAGCACUUCUCACUUUGAAAAUCACAGUGAAAAGACACCAGCGUCCAUAAGAAAGCAUUGUGAAUGCUUUCCUAUGAGACUGGCUGAAUGCGCGCACGGCUCUUGCCGCGCAUGCGCAUUCAGCCGAGGAGGAGGAGAGCUCCCCGCCAGGCGCUGGGGAAAGAGGUAAGUUUAACCCCUUCCACCCCCUAGAGCCCGGCAGGAGGGGGACCCUGAGGGUGGGGGCACCCUCAGGGCACUAUAGUGCCAGGAAAAUGAGUGUGUUUUCCUGGCACUAUAGUGGUCCUUUAAUUUUGAAAUUCACUUGGAAUUCUCACUUCAGUGGGAAACCCUGCCAAGAGUAUUUACCAAAGUGGAAAUUCAAAGGGAAUUUCAAAUGUAAGGCCAGAGCAACAAAACUGGAAGCAGGGCUGAGAAUUUUCCUAGCUCGGCUAUUUCCACCUUGAAUUCCCACUUUCUUUCUCUCUCACCUAGACGGUUCACCUGUCCCCAAUGAAAGUUUUGGGAAGAAGGAAGGAACGGAAAGCGGCUACUGAUGACGAGCCAUCGUUGUGUGAGAGCGACAGCGCGAGGGGAGGAGAGGAGGAUGAGAGCACCGCGAUGAGCAUUAAUGAGGAAAUGCAACGAAUGCUGAAUCAGCUGUAUGUACCCAACUAUCCAUACCUAUACACCUCUAUACUGCACUGUGCCCCCCUAUACAUAGGGCACCAGAUCCAUCAUGUUUUCAGGGUUACAUAUAAUGUAAAGUGUUGCCCUGCAGUAUGUAUAAUGGAUAUCCUGCAGGAUUCUUCAUUGCCUAUGUACUUAAUCUUAUACUCUUUCUGAAUUCUACAUACUACAGGGCUACCCGUUUCAUGUGCUGCCAAACUAUAUGUACACGUGAUGUAUGUUCCAGCAAAUAUGGUGGAUCUGGUAACCCUGACGAUAAACCCAAAAUAUUGUAAACAUGUCGUGUUUGGAUUUGGUUUAUAAGCAAGCUAAUUAGACCUACCCUAGUCCCCAAAUGGACCAGACCAAACAUAUUCCAACUAUUCACGAAGAAACCAUCUUACCCAGAGGUCAGCAUCAAGAUCUCAGACGUGUGAGAGACUCAGAGACUUUAGGAAUCAAAGGCGAUCAAAGAGAGAAGUAACAUUUUAGAUCAGGACAGAUACAGACCAGACUGUUAUGAUGGCAUGUACCAAUUUGAGUACUUCAAGGGUUAAAUGUUAUUACUAAUGUUAUCAAUACUUUAGACUUAUUCUUUUGGUUUUGUUUGGUAUUGUUAUUUUUAGUGAGGGUAAAUAAAGUAAAUGUAGCAUAAGGCAUGCUGGGCUGUUUUCAUGGUAAUGGUUAUAUUACAUAUUCUCGGACCGCAAUCUCUCACUGUCAAUAGUGAAUCUCUCCAUUAACUCUCUCAUAUUUUGCUAAAGUUACCUGCGCUAAACUACACACUUAUCCAGUGGUACACACCUCUAUAUAGCUUUAUACAAAGCUCUACUGCAAUACACAACGGUUUUAAAGUGCUACACACCAAUAUACUGAACUGCAGAGCCCUUACCAGCAUUUCACACCCAUAUACACCGCUAUACACCAUUCAUCCGUGCUGCACACACUUACACCGAAUUGCCAUUCCUAUAUUGCAGUACACAAUCUUUAUAUAGUGCAACACACUAAUAUACUGAACUACACAGAAUCCUACAGAGCAUUUCACACAUAUUUACACACCCACGUACUGCACUUCAGAGCCUUAAACUUCGCAACACACAAUUAAACUGUGUUUCAUACCCAUAUACACAUUCCUAGACUAUAAUACACAGCGAUAUCAAUAACUAUGGGACCCAGUAAGGCACGUCACACCCAUAUACUGAACUCCACACAUUUAUACAGUGCGCACACCCAUAUACUGAACUCCACACAUUUAUACAGCGCACACACCCAUAUACUGAAUUCCACAAAUCUAUACAGCGCUACACAGCCAUAUACUGAACUCCACACAUCUAUACAGCGCUCAUGGGCGUCCGCAGGAAUUUUUCCAGGGGGGGGCAUAAUUGUAAUGACAUCCAUGCUUGGUACCUUUUUGACGGUGUCAUGAAAGGGAAGGGGCAUAGCCAUUAUCACAUAAAGCCAGGGUGACUAGCGUUUUCACAACUAUGGUGUCAGGAAUAUAUGUUUGUAUUCCUGACACUAUAGUGUGCCUUUAAGCAAAUUAAAGGACAUUUCUGGUCACCAUAACAACUUCACCUAAAUGAAAAUGCUAUGAUGCCAGAUAGCCCCUGGGUGCUUGCUUUCCUUUAAGGGGUUAAAUCGCUCUCAAAUGGUUUAACCCAAAGGCUUCCUCCAGCUCCAGGUCGCUCAGUGGUAUUUGGCUUCUGAAACAGAGUGUCAAGAAGUGUAGAUUGACGUCAGGCAUGGGUGCCGCUGAUUGACUAGAGUGGACAGUUGACGCUCUAAGCCAAUCGCUAGUUCCCGGUUCAUAAAAUAUUUUUACUUUUUUAUGAAUGGGGAGCUACUGAUUAGCUUAGAGUGCCAGCUGACCGCUGUAGCCAAUCAGCAAGCCAACGGCACUCUGUGCUUCCUGACACUCAGUAAAUAAAAGUGAACACAUUAAUACUGAUAUUUUUUUACCUUUGGAGAUGAGAAGGUCCAGCGUUUCCCUGCCUGGCCCAGGUACCAAAGCCUUAUGAUGUGGUGUCCAGAAUAAAGUGGAGGGUUUACUUCAUUUGUCCUUCCUGCUCCAAUCUCCUUCAUUUGGCAGUCUUUUUUUUUUUCUUCUGACACUGUUUUCUAUCCUUGGCCCCUUCGGCUCUUUUACCUUUCUGCUACUUUCUGCUUAUUUAGCGCCCUUCUGCUCCUUUCUCAUUCUGAUCCCUUUCUGCUCCUUGCAGACCCUUUCUGCUCCCUUUUCUACUUUACCUUUGUGCUCCUUGCUGUCCCUUUCUGCUCUUUCUCCUACUUUACCUUUGUGCUCCUUCUGAUUUUUUCUGCUCCUUUACCUUUGUCCUCCUUGCUGUCCCUUUGUGCUCCUUCCUGCUCCUUGCAGGCCCUUCCUGCUCAUUCUCCUACUUUACCUUUGUGCUCCUUCUGCCCCUUCUAGCUCAUUUCUGACCCUUUCUGCUCCUUCUACUUUACCUUUGUGCUGCUUUACCUUCCAGCUCCUUGCUGACCCUUCCUGUUCAUUUCUAUAUAUCUAUAGGCUGCUGCCCCCCCAAAUCUAUAGGCUGCUGCCCCCCUCCCCAAAUCUAUGGGCUGCUGCCCUCCUCCCCAAAUCUAUGGGCUGCUGCCCCCCCAAAUCUAAAGGCUGCUGCCCCCCACCCAAAUCUAUAGGCUGCUGCCCCCCUCCCCAAAUCUAUGGGCUGCUGCCCCUCCCCAAAUCUAUGGGCUGCUGCCCCCAAAUCUAUAGGCUGCUGCCCCCCUCCCCAAAUCUAUGGGCUGCUGCCCCCAAAUCUAUGGGCUGCUGCCCCCUCCCCAAAUCUAUGGGCUGCUGCCCCCCUAAAAAUCUGUUAUGGGCUGCUGCCCCUCCCCUUAAAUCUAAGGGCUGCCCUCCCAAAUCUAUAGGCUGCUGUCCCCCCUAAAUCUAUGCGGGCCGCUGCCCCUCCCCAAAUCCAUGGGCUGCUGCCCCUCCCAAAUCCAUGGGCUGCUGCCCUCCCAAAUCUAUGGGCUGCUGCCCCCCCUUAAAAAUCUAUGGGCUGCCCUCCUCAAAUAAUAUAUGGGCUGCUGCCCCUCCCAAAUAAAUAUAUAAGGGCUGCUGCCCCCUAAAUUCAUGGGCUGCUGCCCCCAAAUCUAUGGGCUGCUGCCCCUCCACACAAAAUCCAUGGGCUGCUGCCCCCCUCCCCCAAAUCUAUAGGCUGCUGCCCCCUCCCAAAUCUAUGGACUGAUGCCCCCCCCUAAAUCUAUGGGCUGCUGCCCCCAAAUCUAUAGGCUGUUGCCCCCCUCUCAAACCCUCCCCCCCCAUCCCUCACUUACCUGAUCUGUAGGCUGUCUCUGGCUGCAUGUGUUGCUCCCCUGCGGUUUCAAUCAGCAGAGAGAAGCAGGGAUAAGAUGCAGCUUCCUAUCCCUGUCACUCUCCAUACACACCGGCGCCGGUAUUGCAGUUCAUUUUAAAUCUCACACGAAAAAUAGCAGAACAAGCUGAAAAAUCCAGGGGGGGGCAAGUGCCCCCCCUUGCGGACGCCCAUGACAGCGCUACACAGCCAUAUACUGAACUCCACACAUCUAUACAGCGCUACACAGCCAUAUACUGAACUCCACACAUCUAUACAGCGCUACACAGCCAUAUACUGAACUCCACACAUCUAUACAGCGCUACACAGCCAUAUACUGAACUCCACACAUCUAGACAACGCUACACAGCCAUAUACUGAACUCCACACAUCUAGACAACGCUACACAGCCGUAUACUGAACUCCACACAUCUAUACAGCGCUACACAGCCAUACACUGAACUCCACACAUCUAUACAGCGCUACACAGCCAUACACUGAACUCCACACAUCUAUACAGCGCUACACAGCCAUACACUGAACUCCACACAUCUAUACAGCGCUAUACACCCAUACACUGAACUACACACAUCUAUACAGUGCUACACACCCAUAUACUGAACUACACACAUCUAUACAGCGCUACACAGCCAUAUACUGAACUACACAGCCAUAUACUGAACUACACAGCCAUAUACUGAACUACACACCCAUAUACUGAACUACACACAGCUAUACAGCGCUACACAGCCAUAUACUGAACUACACAGCCAUAUACUGAACUACACACCCAUAUACAGCGCUACACAGCCAUAUACUGUAAACACAAAAAGAAUUCAGCGCUAGUAAUCACAAAAUUAGUCAAGGUAGGCAGCAACCCAAAUGAAGGAAAACCCCUCGGGUCCUUCGGUGGAUAGAUACAAAAAGAUAUGGAAGGGCUGCGCCAAAUAAGGGUAGAUAGUCCAGUAAAGUAUUGCUAGGGUGCCAAUAGAUGGUCUAGGAUACUUGAUAGAGUUCCUCUGUGGAUGCGUCUGGUGUAGACCGUUCCGUAUAUGUAAAUACAAGAGAGGUAGAGGCGACUAAUGGUAUAGUAUGAAAGUUCAGGGUGUGAUAGGUAACAAAAAGUAAAGAACUCACAUUCAGGAGAGCUAUGGCCAGCUCUGGUGUGGAUUGCGUACAGCGGUAUAAUCCCCGCUUAUGGGAUAUGUAGGGAGGGGUCUCCGUCAGCACCGUCUGGUAGUCCAGAGCUCGAAAAAGAAAGACAGAAAGCAACAAUAGUGCUCUCAAUUUUGAUGUGGUUCAAUGUGCAGAUAAGAAGAGGUAAAAAACUCACAUUUGAGGGAGCUAUGGCCAGCUCUGGUGUGGAUAGCGUACAGCGGUAUAAUCCCCGCUUAUAGGAUAUGUAGCGGCGAUACGUCCGUCAGCACCGUCUGGUGAUCCAAGGCUCCAAUAUAGAAGAAUAAAAAGCAGCAAUAGUGCUCUCAAUUGUGAUAGGUUAAGAGAGUAGUAGAGAAAAUAAAAUAAUACUCACAAAGAUAGAGCAGAGGUACUGCUCUAUGGAUAGGCGCCGGUGGUAUGAUCCCCACCUAGGAUUUCUUGGAGUACUGGAACUUUAAAAUUGCCAAUGGAAGUAAAAGUAACCAGGAAAGGUUAAAAUGCCAGGAAUAGGUAAAAACAAAAUAUACAGCCAUAUACUGAACUACACACCCAUAUACAGCGCUACACAGCCAUAUACUGAACUACACACCCAUAUACUGAACUACACAGCCAUAUACUGAACUACACACCCAUAUACAGCGCUACACAGCCAUAUACUGAACUCCACACCCAUAUACUGAACUCCACACAUCUAUACAGCGCUACACACCCAUAUACUGAACUCCACACAUCUAUACAGCACUACACACAUUUAUACAGCGCUACACACAUUUAUAUACCCAUAUACGCUACACACCCAUAUACUGAACUACACACAUUUAUGCAGUGCGCACACCCAUAUACUGAGCUACACACAUUUAUGCAGUGCGCACACCCAUAUACUGAGCUACACACAUUUAUGCAGUGCGCACACCCAUAUACUGAGCUACACACAGAUCUAUCUACCUGUGUGUGUAUGUAUUUGUAUAGCACAAAGAGAGUAAGACCUGCCGCACAACAUAUGUUUUACAAUAUACAGUACACCUUUAUAGUACAAUGCUCACUCAUUAUUGGAAUACAGCUCUACAUACCUCUAUAUUCCUACCAGCACAUUUAUACCAUGACGCACCCUAUAUAGUAACAAAUAAACCCCUUUAUAUCAAGGCUACAUUCUCUUCCCAUCCUCACGCUCUUCAUUCUAUUCCAGUCGCGAGUAUGAUUUCGAAGAUGACUGUGACAGCCUCGCCUGGGAGGAGACAGAGGAAACGCUAUUAUUGUGGGAAGAUUUUUCAGGUUACACAAUGUCGGCAAUGGAGACACAGGGAGAGGUGAGACCCAUUGGACAGAUCAUAGUCUUGCUAAGAUAACGGGCCUUGCACUACUUGUGUUACAACCUACGGAUGCAGAAACAUGGUUAAAGGACCACUCCACAAGCACUUCAGCUUUUUUUUUUUAUAUCUAUGGAGUUUCUCUUUUAGAAGAUGGUUUAUAAAAGUGCUGAUUUCUUUGAGAUAUCGGCACUUUUAUUAUUAGGCGGUCUCCCUGGAGGUCAGACAGCUAGAGAGGCUUUCUUCCUCGUUCCAUUAGCUCCCCUUAACGAACGGAAGGGACAUGUGCGCUCUACUUGAGUAUGCCUGCAGUUCACGCAGACAGACACAGGCGUACAAACAAAACAGAUUCAGAGGUUUCUCAAAGGCUGAAGCUAUAAGAAUUGCAUAUUUUGCAAGCUCUUUUUAGAUAUACCCCUGUGACUACAUGCAUUAAGAAAUGCAUGUAUUCAUUGCAGUAUAUCUACUAAAUGGCAUUUUAAAGUUUUUAUUCUGUGAAGUGUUCCUUUAAGAAAAUAAAAUGUUUUGCUGUAACCUUAUCUACACCUAGCCCUUAGAAUGAGAUGUUUUCCUCUAAUUUGUGUAAGGGUUACAAACUUGAGGUUAUUAACCAGAAAGGCCACUUUUAGAUCAGUAUAUCCAACCGGGAAAAAUAUUUGUACAAUUUUUCAUAUUCUGCCAUUUCGGCCUCAAAUUUUGAAAUUUCAAUGUUAGUUAUUCUCAGAGAAAACAUGGCAGGGCUCAAGCAAAACAAGGAAAUAUAUUAACAGUCUCCAGUCAUACCUGUAGCCCCGAUCGCUAGUAGGCUGGCGUGAAAUCUUUCCAAUUAGGAAUAAACUGCAGGAUCUCCAAAGGGAGAAUGCAAAAAAUGAGGGGGGGGGGGGACGGGACAUCAUUGCAAUGGAUUGUAAGCUUGUUUGAGCAGGGUCCUCAUCAACCUAUUGUUCCUGUAACAUUCCGUAAAUUGUCCCAUUGGUUGUUAAAUUUGCCAUUUUAUAAUAUUGUAAAGUUCUGCAGAUAGGUUGACGCUAUAUAAAAUAAUAAUAGCAUAAAGAAUCUGUGGGGAGCAGUCAUAGAAUGUGACGGGAGAUAAGAACCAUUCGGCCCAUCUAGUCUGCCCAAUUUUCUAAAUACCUUCAUUAGUCCCUGGUCUUAUCUUAUAGUUAGGAUAGCCUUAUGCCUAUCGCACACAUGCUUAAACUCCUUCACUGUGAUAACCUCUACCACUUCAGCUGGAAAGCUAUUCCAUGCAUCCACUACCCUCUCAGACUUGCCACCUAAGGCAAGGUCUAGCCAUUCAAAGUAUGGUAAUAGUGUUUGUUUAAUACCUGUGAUACUUACAUCAUGCUAGUGUUUUGAUCCAGCUCCUUCUGACUUUGCUUUGCUCACAGAUACAAUAUAAUUAAUUAAAACCUCACCUGGAUUUCUGGGGAGUGGAGGUCAGCUGGACUUUGUGCUUCAAUAGGUUUUUUUAUGUAUCUGUCUAUCAUUGCUUUCCCUGAUUUAUUUCACUGUUUGUAAUGUUUAUCUGUAUUUGUAUACUCAUUUGUGCAAUUUUGGAAAGUCAGUCAGGGUUAUUCAAUAAAGUGAGAAUUGUCAGUAAUUUAAAGUAAAUUUCAAAUUUAAGGCCAAAAUAGCCAAACUUAUAAACAUUCUGCUAUUCACCCAUGUUUUCAGUUUGAUUAUUUUAGCCUUAAAUUUAAAAUUUACUUUAAAUUGCUGACAACUCUCAGACAGUGUGCACUGGUGUCCUCGUUUCACAGGCCUGGAUGCAAACAUGGUAAUUCGGUAAAGUGAGAAUUUGCAGGAAUUAUAAGUGAAUUUUAAGUUGUAGGCCAAUCUAACUGAAUGAGAAAAAAAAAAAUCUCAAAGUCAACUUUGUUUUUAAUUCAGCUAUUUUGGCCUUCAGUCUGAAAUUUGCUUUGAUUUCACUGUGAUCUCCCGGUAGAUAACACGGACAUGAAAACAAAUUAGUUCUGGGGCAAAGUGUGGAAGCCAGGGCAAUGAGCUGGGACCUCGCCUGCGUUCCGUGCUGAUUACACCACUUGUAGUGUGUUUAGUACUUUACCCUCCAUUGACUCUGGCUAAAUAGCCCUGUUUUCCCUUUUCACUCUCACCGAAGGAUACUUACUCCAGUUAUCAGCAGAAUCUGUUUGCCUAAACCUUUACUCAAUAACCAUAUGUUUUCUGAACUUUGCACUCCUAACUAUCUUCUCUGCAUCCUUUGGCGCACCAUAUUAAUCUCCAAAAAUACCAAAUGAUAUUGGUCUCCAACACUGUCCCUUUAAAAGGACAGGGUCCCAGUCUCUUGGUGACUUAAUAAUCUCCUGCUUGUCCCCCUGUGAGGAUGUUGGUGCUGGCUGAGGCUGAUGGGUGUUAUGUUUGUAUGCACAUUUGUAAUACGUUAGUAAUUACUGGGUGCGCUGAACAUAACUAUUAAGAUAUUAUGAAUAAAAGAGAGAUAACAGGUUUAAUUAAUAAAAGGUAACGUCAGUAGAUAUUUUACUCUGAAUAUAUAUCUUGCAUUCUCUGCAUUUGUCCCAUCCCCAAAUAUUUCAGUGGGUUUACAGCUGAAUCACCUCUCAGCCUUUUCCAAUAAAACAUUUUAAUAAGCUUCGUAGUCUCCCUCCCUCCCCAGGAAAUCAUACAACCUAAUAUGGACCUGUCUUUUAUUCAAAUUUUCUAUGAAUGGGAGCUAGAUGUUUAACCCCCCCUAACUACAACCGUUUAUUAUAAAAGACCUCACCUUCCUGGUCUCACCUGAGCUGAGCCUUGUAAAUGUAUUUCUACCAGCUGCUUCCUCAGUCGGUCUCUUUCACACAUGUUAUGUCCAUUGCUGUCUCACAGUACAGUACACUUUUACAGUGCUGCCAACCAGAACAGCCAGGGUGUUUGUGGGUGGAAGCAGGAUAUAUUUUAUAACGGGCAGACUGUCAUGUUCUUUGAUACAUAGAUGAAUGCUUUUAGUAUAUAAACAUUGUGUUUACAUUUUUCUGGUAUUUUGGGGACGUCAGCAGCUUCCUCUCAAAUUCCCAUUGGCAAAACAUCACAUUUUAUAUUGAAACCACAGUGUCAGAUCUACUCUAUUUCAAAUUGGUAUUUUCCCUUCUGCUUAACGGACCUUUAUAACUCAAUGAAGUGGACUGGGUGCGUGGGUACUAUAGUUGUAACCUGCAAUUAGAACACUGACAUCUAACCCUGCAAUUAAAACAUUGCUGCAUCUACUAAACAGUAACACACCUCUAUUAGCUAUCUUCCUGGUGGCCACUAGAGGGUGCUUCCGCUGCAACCACGAGUAGGCUCUAUUCUUCAAUCAGUGCUGUGUUUUGCCACGCAUGCUCGUAUAGAGGUAAACAUUUCUGUUACUUUAAAUGGUGGCUGAAAAUCUGAAUUCAUUGCGCAUACAAUAGGAAUAAAAAUAUAAAUAAAAUAAAAUCCACUAACGUAUUUUGCUAUGAAUUUAUUUUUAUUGAGCAUCUAUCUUCAUUUUGUUAUUGUUAUAUUUUUGCAACCCUUAACAUUUUAAUGGAUUAGCUGCUAACUGCCUUUAUCUUGUAUGUACAUGCUUACUCUAGUACAUGUGACGUGAUCCCAUCAUUAGUGUCCCCUUGAUCUAUUUUAUUCCUCUUUUGAUGUCUCAGACACAGGAAGAUAGUCUGGAAGAGGUGAUCAAAGACACUGAAUCUCUUUUCAAGAGUCGAGAAAAAGAAUAUCAAGAAACUAUCGGUCAGAUUGAGGUGAGAGACACAGAUGACAGGACAUUGUUGUCUUGGCUGUUGAGCAGUGAUGGAAGGUCCUUACUGGAAAUGCAGAAGAUUGAUUAAGGCCGAGGGUUGUUAUUUAUUGACCACAGACUGGCCUUAAGCAGUGAUUUAUUGGUCAUCAUUUUAGCCAGAAACUUGUGAGUAAAUCUAAGGUAGGUAUGGUAAGCAAAGGGCUUCUUAACUUAAGGCCCAAAGGUGUCUGCAGAACCAGUGGAAUUCAAAGAUUAUCAGUAUUCGGUCUACAUACAUCAUGUAUACAUGCUUUUUAUAGAUCCUCAAAUAUAUUUGAAAGCCACAUAUACAAACAUGUUGGAUCAAGCUGAAGCCAUGACCUCAACUACUAAAUCACCAAAAGGACUAAGUGUCUUUAAUGCUAGUGACAGACUGGUUUGGCAAACAUAUAUACAUCAAAUCCCAAACCCGAGUACUUCAGAGAAUGUGAAACUGUGUUCAUAGCAAAAUCUGAAACCAAGAAUGUAUUUCAUUUCUUUUUCAGUGCAUGUAGUAACAACAGAUAGUUGAUGUUUUUGUGUGAUUGAUUUAUAGAUAGUAUAGAAAGUGUGUGCAUUGAGGAGAGAUUUAUUUCCUUUCAGUCAUGGUUCAAUCUUGUCUCACUAGGCUUUAUAUUUGUGUUUCUUUUGGACAACAAAACUAUAGUCUGCUCGAUGGACCCAUAUCUUAAUACAUCACUUGGUUGCUUCACCACAUUGUUAUGGACCUUGGUGGUAGAAUAAUACUGAUUUCUCUGUGAUUUACAGCUGGAACUAGCCACAGCUAAGGAUGAUAUGACCCGCCACCUUCACGAAUACAUGGAAAUGUGCAGCAUGAAGAGGGGACUAGAUGUGCAAAUGGAGACCUGCCGAAGACUUAUCAAUCAAUCUGAAGAUAGGUGAGGCUGCUCUCAAGCAUCCGAUCAGACAAAGCAGAUGGGGCACAUAUGUCAAUAAAAGGUGGCCAGGUGGCAGGGUAUAUAAUCUCAGCAAAAUUCCAAGAUUAGCUGUCAGAGUAAAGGUAAGAGAUUUGCCGACCAGCCAGAAAGACCAUAUGUGACCACUAGAGUUUAGUCUCUCAGAAAGAGUUAUGGUCAAAGACUAGUCAUCCAGUCAGAGCACCGGUCACUGGAAAGUCCACUGUAUUUGACAGAUUCAUAUUUGACCUUCUUUCUUCUUAGAUCUCCACCUCCCAGUAGCGAAUCUAACUGUAAUGAAGACCCAGAGGAUUCUGACCGAGAUCCCCCUUCUUCUGACAGCUCAGCAAGAUGAUUGGGGGCCAGAAUCUACCUCUUUAAACACCCUGCUUCUCCACCACUGCCUUCCAGACUGUACCACUGAGCGUAUAGCAGGGUGUUUACCGUCCUAAGACUUUUGGGGUGCUAAGCUUACAGAUGUUGGGUCUAUACGGGAAUUCUAGAAUAAUGUGUGAGUGUGAUAUAUAUAUAUAUAUAUAUAUAUCUCAAUACAUUUUUCUGUCAGCCAGUAGAUAUAUUUAGGGGUAAAAAAAUUGUCAGAAUAUAUACACAUAUAGAGAACGAAACUUCACCAGGACAUUUCUGGGGUACUGUACAAUUCUGAAAAAAUAUGGGGUGCAAAUCUCACAUAAACUUUUUAUACACAUAGUAUGGGGCUGUCAGGUACCCGGUAUAUACUGGACAUAGUGUUAUCAGGCACUAGGUACAUAUGGUGGUAUGGUAUUGACGGUCACUGGGUAUAUACGGAGUAUAGUGAUGGUAUAUAUGGUGUUUGAUGCUGGCAGGGCCUGGGUUUAUAUGGAGUGUGGGGAAUUCAGGAAAUGGGCCUUCAUAGUAUGUCACACAGUGAGGAUGUACAGAGUAUAGUAGGUACUGUUCGCCACAUAGUACAUAUUGAUUAUGGAAAUGCUAGUUUGGGUAUAUAUAGGGUUAGGAUACUUUCAGGUACUGGUGGGGUAAAUCUCUAUCAGACAAAAGAUAUGAGGGUAGUUUUAUAUAGAGACUUUCUAUAUAUGUGAUAGGCUGCUGUCCCGCAGGCGGUAUAUAAAUGCAUAUUAUGGUUAUACAGAAAGUAUAUAUGGUGCAGUUUGCUGUUAUACAGCUUGUAUAUACAGGGCAGUCUGAUAUUGGGGCUGGAUAUGCUAGUAGGUAGCCAACCAAUAGGCACCUAUCUGCUAGGCUACUUUGACGCUAUAAAUGUGCAUUUUUCUUGGGGGAAGUCGGAGGUCUAAGAUUUAGAAAAAACACACAGAACUGGUUUAGGGGAACAUGAGAGCUUAGCCUGCACCACGCCCAACCCAAACCCAUAACCUGUUCACUGAAUUCCAUUAUGAUACCAAAUCUUGGAAUUCAGAGUAUUAUAUAACCCUACAUUGAUAGACUCCACGCCUACUGUAUUAAUCGUGCACCAGGCUGUACUAACCACAAACCUGCAGACAGUGCUAAAACCCUGCACCCACUGCAUUAAAACUAUGCAUCCACUGCAUUAAAACCAUGCGCUCAUUGCAAUAAAAACAUGCACUCAUUGCAUAAACUAUGCGCCUGCUGAAUUCAAACCCUUCACCCACUGCAGUACUUGCACACUGUGCCGCUAAGUUAACUCAAAAUCUGGUGUUGGUUUCUCUCUCAGUAUUACAGGACAUGCCAGGCUAGCAAUGACAGGGUGCCAAAAUCAGACCUGGUGAUUUUUUUACCCCCACUUUGGGUUCUAGCCCAGGUCAUCCCCUAACUCGCCCGCCACCCCUCCCCCCCCCCCUAUUAGCAAUGACCCUGAUCUCGUAUAUUGGCCACUGUCAGACAGUGUGGAUGGAUGGAUGAAGAGGUAGGUAGGUAGGUAGGUAGAUAGAUAGAUAACUAUCCAACACCUUAUGUGGUAGUUUGAGUCUACUCCUUGGGCAUGGUAUCCUGCUUUCUAAGGGGCACAUGGGUGUAAGUACCACAAUGGAGGGGCUCUUCCACUUACAUUUCUGUAUGUUGGGCAGAGAGCAAGUUGCUACCUGGCUCCCACAGACUUCUAUGCAGAUUGCGUAGUAGGUGGGAUUACAGUCAGUAGUUCAACCAAUCAAAUUGUAAAAUAAACGCACAAGCUGGUAAGUAUAUGGGCGUCUGUGUGUGCACUGACCGGACAUUGGAGUUCUGUAAGGACAAGGAAGACAAUAUAAAUGGCUCUGCGAAAGUUAUAGGUAGUGUACAGUCAGACAGUGGGUGCAUAUGGAGCCAGUCGGUGUGUAUAUAUAAGGGGCAGAUUCAUGUUCGAGUGCAGGUAAAUAUGGUUUAGGUUAUGGCCAAGUAUGGGGUAUGUAUGGGCAAACUUUGUCCUGCAACUGUUUAUGUAUGAAAUGGUUAUUCACACACUGGGUGUAUAUGGGUAAUCUAAGGCAUAGCACUGAGUAUAAAUUGGGUGCAUAUGGACAGAUACUAGGUAUAUGGGCAAAUGUGUGGACUGGCACAGGGUAUAUAUGGGGUAUGUUGCAGUCAGAUGCUGGGUAUACAUAUUGGAUGGGGCUAAACAAAGUGCAAUGCUGCCAAACAUUUUAAGAAUAUAUAUGGGUUCGAUGCUUGGAUAUAGCUGCUGAAUGCUUGUGGGUUUGGUUUUUCAUGGGAUUUAUCUCAUGUAUAUAUUAGCAAGUAAUGACAAAAUAUUUCUUUCUUCGAAGAUAUUGACAAAGCUAUAGUUUUUUUUUUAUCUUUAGCCAGAAAAGCCAGUUGAUUUGUAAAUGAAAAGCGAUAAAAGGCAUGUGUAUAGAUUCUAUGGAUUUAUGCAAUUAAAGUGUAUAUAAAGAGCUCUAAUAA